UAUCUUAUAUAGUUAUCCAUAAGUUACCCAUAAACAUUAAACUUUUAAGGUCUUAAUCGCUCCUUAAAAAUGUUAAGAAAGAAAUUAAAACUAUCUCCGGUAAAAGAACCAGAUAAAUCAACCACAAACGAAGAUAAAAAUCCACAUUUAAUUGAAGCUAAUGAAGAGGACAUUCCAACAAUUUUUUUAAACUAUGAACAACAAUUAUCCCUGGAAUUAAACAACCUAACAUUUAGUUUUCCUGUACACUACAUUUACAACCCAUUAGAAUAUGCAUGGGAACCACAUUCAACUUUUGUAAAAACUUAUUGUAAAGGUACCAAGGAUGUAUUAUUUUUAGGGCUUAAUCCAGGUCCGUGGGGUAUGUGCCAAACUGGUAUUCCUUUUGGUGAAGUUAAUAUAUCAAAGGAAUGGUUAAAAAUGAAUGGGGAAGUGGAAAAACCUAAAGAUGAGUGUCCCAAGAAACAAAUUAAAGGAUUUGAAUGCCAUCGAAGUGAGGAAAGUGGAAAAAGAUUUUACGGAUUUUUUAAGAACUUAUGUAGAACUCCAGAAGCCUUUUUUAAAAAUGCUUUUGUAUACAAUUUGUGUCCCUUGGCUUUUAUGAAAAAAGAAAGCGCUAAUAUUACACCACACGAACUAAAAGGACAAAUAAAAAAAGAUAUUGAGAAUAUUUGUGGCAAAACUUUAGUGGACAUCUUAAAAUUACUAGAUAUUAAGAUUAUUGUUGCUUUGGGAAGAUACACUGAAAAACAAGCCAUUGAGAUAACUCAGGGGUUCCAAUUAGGACAUAUUAAAGUUAUUUAUAUGCCACAUCCAAGCCCAAGGGUUGUUGGGAAUAAUAAUUGGGCAGAAAAGGCUCAAAAUGUUUUGGAUACAAAUGAUUUGUUGCAAUAUUUUAAUAAUAAUAAUUAAGUUUUUAUAUAUAAAACUUUUAAAUUAA